GAAACACUUGGAAGGGCUGAGAAACUAGCCCAUGAUGUUUGCUGACAUCACAUCCUCCCCAAAAGCACUAUGUCCUAUCAAGCCAGACCAGCGAAUUCAUCUUUGCUCUGAUGCGCCUUUCUUGAGAACAGUCAGCACAAGGAAAUAAUGGCCAGAUUCAUUUCUUUGCUGUUUUUUCUCAGUCUGAACUUGUGCUGCUGCAGGUCCGAGGGCCAGAGAAGCAAAAUGAGUGUGAAGCUCCGCAGCGGCGGCAGCCCCCUUGCCCUGGGAGCCCCGGUGGAGCUGGAGUGUGUGAUCUCAGGCCCUGGGCUGUCCGACAGCGGCGUCUCCUGGAUGCGCCAGCACAGGGACUCUGCCCCCCAGUUCAUCUUGUUCAUUUCCUCCCUCGGCCGGGUGGCAUCAACAGAAAAUGGAAAACCACCCGCACGCUUUGACGCAAAAAGAGAAUCCAAAAACUACACACUGACCGUGAAGUCCUUCCAGGAGCAGGACCAGGGCAAUUAUUACUGCAUCGUCAAACACAGCCAGAGGCUGCACUUCAGCUCCGGGAUCCCACUCCACCUGCCAGCGAAAGCCCCAAAGAAGGGGCUGGGUUUAUCCUGUGACUUUUACAUCUGGGUCCCCUUAACCUGCGCCUGCCUGCUCCUCCUCAUUGCCCUGCUGGCCACCAUCACAGUGUGUCAAAAAACCAGAAGACGAAUGUGCAAAUGUAAAAGGCCUAUGAAUGGGAGCAACGGAAAACCCAGCAUGUCAAACAGAUACGUGUAACGUGACUGAGCCAUUUGCAUUUGGAUCUCCAAACGGGAGCUGUCACUGCAUAAACAAACCCUACGUCCAUUUCCAUUACUGAUUCUCACCCUCACUUUAUUUUUUAAAUUGUUUUUGUACUUUCUAUUCUGUUAAGUUUUAAAAGGCAAAUUCUUGAAAAUGAGCCUAUAGGUAAUGCUGGACACCAGCCACUUUCUACAUCAAUUCUAUUGCCUGGAUUUUAAAAUGUAGCUCCCUCCAAAAUUUUCUUGGUUGAAUCUUUCAAGCUGGUUUCCAAGUCAUUAAAAAGAAAAAUAUGCCAAAUGACAUAGUCCAUAACUCUAGCAAAGCCCCCACUUACUGAAGUCUGUGGCGCAAAUCCUGAGAUUUUUAUUGUCCUUACUCAGAUAUAUACCAAUUGACUUCAACAGCUAAGUAAAGACCUCAACAUUCAGUCUGUUGGGAAUUUUGCCUGCAUAAAAACCGAAUAAAGACUGCCAAAUUAGGCCUGCCACGACAAAGUGUGUGAUCCUGCAGCAACUGAAGUCAGUGGUAAAGCUCUCAUUCACUUCAGUGAUGCAGGACUGGGUAGGGUUACCAUAUUUAAAAAAUAAAAAAAGAGGACACUCCACGUGCCCUUUCCCCGCCCCUUCCCCAAAGUCCCCGCCCUAACUCCCCCUCCUCCCUCCCAGCCACGCGAAAAGGGCUGCCCGAGUGCUACCGGCUUUACGGUUUGCCGGGCAGCCCCCAGACCCUGCGCCCCCGGCUGGCGCUUCCCCAGUGCAGCUGGAGCCCGGGACGGGAAGCGCCCAGCCGGGGGCGCAGGGUCUGGAGUCUGCCCUGCAAACCAUGAAGCCGGUAGCUUAGUUUUUUCAACUAUGUAGUUGAUGUAAAUAUUUUCUUACUAUAAUUGCUAUAAAGUUUUUCAAUAUUUCUGUUCCCAACAAUCAGUAUAAAUACUGUGGAAUAAUUCAACUAUACUUCUAGAUAUUCUCACUAAAGUACAUUUCCUUUUCUUCUUCUUACCCUCAGAAAAGCUAGAGAACUAAAUAAAAAUAUAAAUGACCUUUUUGCUGAGACAUUUGAAUAAGAGAAGAAAGGUGUUGCUGUGGUUAAAGAUACAGGACAAGGCUUCAGAAGACCUGGGUUCAAAUCCCAGCUCUACCACAGUCUGUAUCGUUAAUCGCUCUGUGCCUCAGUUUCCCAUCUGUAAAAUGGGGACAAUAAUACUUCCGUACCUUGCUGUCAUGCUAAACCCAUAAAUACUUUGGGGAUUAAGGUCUUAUAAGUCUGUAGAUACAAGAUGUUGAGUGGCAAGAGAGAUCUCUUACUACAUAUUUGUAUACAAAUCAGCCGGGCAAAAUGUUCCCAUGUGUAUUGGCACUACCACAGUAACACAAUCCAAAUCCACUUCCAACAUCCCAAGUGUCUCUCUUCUUAAACAAUGGAUCUGGUAAUAAGUGUGGCCCCAAUUUAGUAAAGUCCUUAAGCUUGUGCCUAUCUCGAGACUUGUGAGGAGUCCCAUUCACUAGACCAAGAAAUCCUUUUGUGACAGAUGUUGAGAUGCCAUGUAAUAAUCUAUGAAUACUGAGAUAUAAUAAUGUUAUGAACACUGCAUGUGACCUGUUCUGUAAAGGGAAGUUACAGUAGAGUAUGGUGGGUUAUUGGAAUUUCCUGAAUGAAUGUAUCCAUCUGACUUAAUAGGAGGUUGUGAGAAAAGCAAGCAGGAAAGCAACAAAAUAGCUAGAGGUAAGCAACCCUCCCAACAAACACGGGGGUCAGGGAGGGAGGGAGUCUGAGGGGCAAUUGUAAGACCAUGGCAUUCCUCCAGGCCCUAGGCCAAAGUGACAUAGCGGUUCUGCUAUCAAAGGGCUAUAAACAGUUAAGCCUCCUCAGAAGAAGAAGGAGGAUCAAUUGUCAGCAUGGGUGACAGACCCAGAGAGAGGCUCUGUGGAGGAGUCUGAAAUAUUAGGAUCUUUCCCCAGAUCCAGGGAACAGUAAGCCUUAGGGAAAGACAGGAUAGCAUGUAGGGUGUUGAUUGUUUUAAGAUUUUUUUUCUCUGAAAGCCUUUUGUACUAAAUAAAGAAUACAUUGCUUGA